AUGGGAAAUGCACAAGCUUCUUCCAAAAAAGAACCUCCUCCAUGUGUACCCUGUCCUGAUGGCUAUUAUCCAGGAAAUCCUGGUACAUUUGAAGAACUUCAUAAAAAAGUAAAAGAACUUUAUCCUCGAAAUUUUGAAGGUGUAAGGUUAUACGUAAAAAAAACUUUAAGUGACUACUUUAACGCCUAUCAUACAAUUUCUUUGAGCUCUGUCACACCUUCUGGCUACAAAUUUGGAGCUUGUUAUAAAGGAUCAAAAAGGAUUGGGCUCUAUGAGAGAUAUCCUUUAAUGAGUGGAGAUAUUAUGCCUAACGGUAACUUGGCAGCAAAUUUCUCUCAUACUCUUGGCUGUCGAACGAGAAUAAAACAUGUUACACAAAUGGUUGAUGACAGAUGUGUGACAUCAAGCUCUACAAUAGAGUAUAGAUCAGAUGAUGCAACAACUUCAAUCAUUCUUGCGGAUCCUGAUUUUCUCAAGCAAAGUGGAACAUUAGUCUUUCAUUAUUUACAAGCUUUAACAUCUAGGCUAACAUUAGGAACAGAAAUCGCAUUUCAUCGAAGUAGAAAUGUUCCUGGAGGCCAACAAUCAAUCAUGACUGUUGCCAUGAGGUACAGCACUGGACCAAGAACUUUUUCAGCAACACUUGGUGGUGUUGGACUUCAUGUUUGUUACCAUCACAAAGCUAGUCAACAGCUUCAGCUUGGUGUUGAAUUGGAAAGUAAUUUAAGAACUUUAGAAUCAAGUGCAGCAGUUGUUUAUCAACUUGAUAUUCCUCAUGCAAAUAUGAUCUUCCGAGGUUUAGUCAAUACGGAAACGACGAUUAGUGGAGUAUUGGAAAAAAAGCUUUACCCAAUGCCAGAGACUUCAUUGUUCCUCAGUGCGAUGCUCAAUCACAGAAAACAACAACUCCGAGUUGGAAUCGGUCUUAAUAUUGGAUGAACAUUAUUUCGAUUGUAUAUUAUGGUGUAUAGAAAUCUGAUCUUUUGUGAUUAAAUAUUUUUAUAAACAACUCGUGAAUGUGAUAAAAAUCGAAGACCGAUUCCUUAAUACAUAUCCAUUUUAGUAUUUUAUGAACAAGUAUUAAUGUACAAUAAGAUUUACA